CAUACCCAUUACCCAAUCCCCCCAAAUCAAAACAACAAAUUUGUGAUGGCGGAGAGCAAUUACGUUAAACAAGGGGAGGCCGACACCGGCUCCGCCGCCGCCGCCGCCAAGAUGAAACGGCUGUUGCUAAUCAUCAACUGCCUCAUCCUCGCCGUGGGCAACUGCGGCGGCCCCAUGAUAAUGCGCCUCUACUUCCUCCACGGCGGGAAGCGCGUGUGGCUCUCCAGCUGCCUCGAAACCGCCGGCUGGCCCAUCAUGCUCAUCCCCCUCGCCGCCGCCUACCUCCUCCGCCGCCGCCGCCGCCUCUCUCAAACCAAAUUCUUCCUCAUCGAGCCCCGCCUCUUCUUCGCCGCCGCCGUCGUCGGCGUGCUGACGGGGUUCGACGACUACCUGUACGCGUACGGGAUGGCACGGCUCCCCGUGUCGACGUCGGCGCUGGUGAUCGCCACCCAGCUGGCGUUCACGGCCGGGUUCGCUUUCCUGCUGGUGAAGCAGCGGUUCACGCCGUUCUCGAUAAACGCCGUCGUUUUGCUGACGGUGGGGGCCGGGGUGCUGGCGAUGAACACCAACGGGGACAGGCCGGCGGAGGAGUCGAGUAAGGAGUACGCGCUGGGUUUCGUGAUGACGCUGGUGGCGGCGCUGCUGUACGGGUUUAUCCUGCCGCUGGUGGAGCUGGCGUACAAGAAGGCCGGCCAGGAGAUCAGCUUCACGGUGGUGCUCGAGUUCCAGAUGGUCAUGUCGCUCUUCGCCACCGUCGUUUGCACCGUGGGCAUGCUCGUUAACCGCGAUUUCCAGGCGAUUCCGAGGGAGGCAAGCGGAUCAAGCCUAGGAGAAACCAAGUACUACGUCGUUCUGGUGUUCAGCGCCAUCAUCUGGCAGGCCUUCUUCCUCGGAGCCGUCGGCGUCAUCUUCGUCGGGAGCUCUCUGCUCUCCGGGAUUCUCAUCGCCGUCCUGCUCCCGGUGACGGAAGUCCUCGCCGUGAUCUUCUACAGCGAGAGUUUCCACGCCGAGAAGGGCGUCUCCCUUGGCCUGUCCCUGUGGGGGUUCGUUUCCUACUUUUACGGCGAACAUCGGGAGAACAACAAGAAGAAGAAGAAGAUGAAGCAGCAGCAGCUGCUGUCGGAUUCUGCUCCGCAGAUGGAAAUGUCUCAACCCACGAAUCAAACACGUGCCGCUGUCUGAGCAGCGACACUGAUUGCGUACCAAAAACCCGGCCGGCCAACUGGAAGAUGAGAGGCGACCGGUUAAUUAUCCUCGUCAGCCGGAGCUGUUUUCGUUAUGAAUGAUAGUUAAUGUCGAUCGAGACGGAUGGAAAGGAACAGGGAGAGAGCAUGUGUAUUCUGUCGACACGCUCUCUGAAAAUCAAGGAGUGUACAGUAAUUGCAACGUAAAAGGAUUUCACGGCUAAUUCGUAACUUCUUCUAUAUUGAGGAUAAUAUAUACGUCGUAUUUGGUGUUCAGAUUCCCAGUUGUUCUCUAUUCCGGCCAAAUCUCAGUUAUAUUUGCAAGUUCCCCUUCCUAUAUUUACACAGUUAGAACAUAUUUUUGCAAGUUCUCACUAACUAUUAUCAACUAAUAAUCAAAAGCUUUUUCU